CGCCGAAGGAGUCGACAAUUAAAUACUUAUAUUGGUAUGGGACUUUCAAUGAAUGUUGAACAAUUGGUCCACGAGGCAGUGGAUGUCAAAAAUGGACAAAUAAACCAAUAUUUUUUGGUGAAACUUUUGGAGAUUAUCGUUCGUCAAUCAAAUAUCCAUUCAUUAAACGUCGAUUUUACCGAAAACGACAAAAAACACACGCAGAGUUGUGAAUUGAUCAAAUCGUUUGAACUGCAGAGCAUUCACAAACGGCCUUCGGAAGAAAUAAUAUUAAAUUCUCAAGUGGCAUCGAAAGUGAGUGGCAUCGAAAUGGCAACGACGGAUAUUCAAGACGAUUCGACAUUGAGUUGCGAUUCGGUCGAUUCUUUUGAAGAAUCACUGGAGACCAUUUACAAAGAGCCUUCGGAAGCAAUAAUAUCGGAUCCUGAAUUAUCCGAAGAGAACGCGGAUAAAAUCUCGACUCCUUCAACUUUGAGUUUGAACCGGUUUUUAGAAGAAAAACAUGAAUAUUUUCUUCAUAAUAAUGACCGACAUGUGAUAGCGGAGCUUAUUGAAAAACUGUUUGGUAAAAUCAAAAAAAUCGAUAGCGCGACUAAGCUACUAAAGAAAAGCAUCAAAACAUUUAAUGCAGAGGAUGGUUCGGAUGGUUCCCCAGACAGUGAGAUCGAUGCAUUCAAAAAAAUCGCUUUCUCAGACAUGGGUUCGGUGUUUGAAAUUGAAAAAUAUGGUUAUGAUCGAUUAAAACUAGACGAGAAUUUAAAAAGCUUAGAAAUGAGCGCCAAAGGAGAGACUUUUCGAGAUAUAUUUGGAGCGACCCAGCAAAGAAAAGAUUUACAUUCAAACCUGUCUAUUUUAAAUUUCAGAGAAUUUGACUUGGAUUAUAGAACAAAUUUUAGGACAAUUCAAACUUUUAUUGAGUUACACAAAGAAUUAUUAAAUAAGGCUAACACUGAUAUUGAAGAUCUCAAAAAAAAUUGUUUAAAUAAUGAUUACUUGAUAUUUAAAAAAGAUGUUUUAUUGAGACUUAUUAAAAUUGAAGAUGGCAUAAAAAAAUACAUUGCAAGGGAUCCCGAAGCAAUGGGUAUCGCCAGAUUUAUAAAGGACGGAUCGUGUUUGUCAUGUGCGACACCAGCCACGAUGAAGAUGACAAACACUGCUCCUGUAGGAAAAGUUGUGCGCACAAGCUGUGGCAGCCGUUUUAACCGUGAAACGUUACAAGAACAGAAGAAAAAAACGAAUACAAACAAGCCCACUAGUCAAAUUAAUGUAUUGCCAAUUAAUAUUAAAGCGGAGCAGACAAAAAGCAGUUCUGAUGUAGGAAAUUGUAACUACAAAAUAAACAAACUACAAAUUUACUAUAAUAGAAAUCCACACUAUAAAAACUCCAGCUAUAAUCGGGUUUUAAAGGACAUACAGAAAAUGCAUGAGGACGGAUCGUGUGUAUUCUGUAGGACACCAGCCACGAAAACAACAGACUCUGAUCCAAUUUCCGUGGGUAAAGCUGAGCCCACAAGAUAUUGCAAGUAG